AUGUUAAUUUACAAUUUUUUUAUUGUAUUAAUUUAUAUAUUCCAAACAGCUAGCUAUUUCACGAAAAGUCUUACUGGAUCAUCUUAUGCUGAAAUAUAUUCAAAAUCAUUGAGUAAUGAUGAAUCAGACACAUACCAAGGAAAAGAUUUUGAUAAUAAAUCUCCUUAUUAUAUUUAUUCACAUCUUCUAAAAGUAAUAUUAAAAAAGAAUAAAUUUAAUGGAGAUAAGAAAUUUAUAUUUGAAUAUGCAAAUGGACAUCCAAAAAGUUCGUUUACAUAUGAUACAUUUUUUAAUAGAGUAUUAUCAUUUAGUGAUGGUCUGAAUAAAUUUGAUGGUACAGGAAUACAAGUAAAAAAAUAUAAUGAGGAACAAAAUGAUGGUAUGUUCAGAUUGUUAGGUCUAUAUGGUAGUAAUUCAGCAAAUUGGAUAACAGCUGAUAUUGCAUGCAUGCUAAGUGGUGUCACGACAGUAGUUAUGCAUUCUAAAUUUAGCUUGAACGAAAUUGUAGAUAUUUUGAAUGAAGUAAAAUUAGAAUGGCUCUGUUUAGACCUAGAUUUUGUAGAGAAUUUAAUUUCUCUUAAGAAUAGUUUACCACAUUUAAAAAAGUUGAUAAUUUUAGACACAUUUUUAAAUCCAUCCAUUUGUAAAAGCAAGAGGGUAAAAUCAAACCAGAGUGGUGAAGGUCAAGCUAGCGAUAAUAAUGGAGAGGAGGAAGAAGAAAAGGAAGACGAAAAUGAUGACGACGAAAAUGAUGACGAAGAUGAUGAUGAAGAUGAUGAUGAUGAUGAUGAUGAUGAUUACAAUGACGACAAUGAUGAUGACAACCAAGAUGGUAAUGAAAUUCCGAAUGGAUAUAUUGCGCAUCACGAACAAAGUGAAAGUCAAUUAAAUCAAAAUGAAUCAGUACAAAGUAAACCAUAUGAUCCAAAUACAAAAGAAUACAUAAAAAAAAAGAAAUAUAGAACGAAGGAAAAUAUUGAAGAAAGAAAAAAAUCAAGAAUGAAACGCAAAGAGUCUAAAUGGAUUAAGAAACAUAUGUAUCCAAAACUUGAGUAUGAAAAUAUAGAUAUAGAAGAAAUAUGUGAAGAUGAAAAAAAAAAAAUAGAAAAAUUAAAAUAUUUAAAAGAAGAAGCAAAAAAGUAUGGAAUACAAAUAAUAGAAUUUAAUGAAAUGUUAAUGAAUAAAAAUAUUAAUAAUAAUAAUAUGUUAUCAUAUGAUAUAGAAAAUGAUAAAGAAAAUUUCAUAUCUACUAUUGUAUAUACAUCUGGUACAUCUGGUAGACCUAAAGGUGUAAUGUUAUCAAAUAAGAAUAUAUAUUAUAUGGUAAUACCUCUAAGUAAACAUUCUAUAUUUACAUAUAAUGUAGAUAUACAUCUUUCUUAUUUACCUUCAUCACAUAUAUAUGAAAGAAUUAAUAUAUAUUUAUGUUUUGUAUUAACAGUAGAAAUACAUAUAUGGAGUAAGAAUUUAAAUUAUUUUAGUUCUGAUAUUCUUGUAUCUAAAUCAUCAUUUUUAGCUGGAGUACCAAAAGUAUUUAAUAGAUUAUAUAAUAAUGUCAUAACUGAAAUUGGAAAGCUCCCAUUUUUAAAAAAAUUCUUUUUGGAGAAGAUCUUAUCUUUAAAACGAUCUAAUAUGAAUGGAAAGUUUAGUAGAUUUAUUGAAGCAAUAACAAAUGUAUCUAAAAAAAUAAGAAAUAAAAUUAACCCUAAUUUAAAUACGUUGAUUACAGGUGGGGGUAAAACAUCACCUAAGGUAAUAAGCGAAUUAUCACUAUUAUUGAAUGUAAGUGUACAACAAGGAUAUGGAUUAACUGAAACUACUGGACCAUUAUUUGUUCAACAUAGAAAAGAUAAAGAUCCUGAAAGUGCUGGAGGACCUAUAUCACCACAUGUAUUAUAUAAAGUACAAUCUUGGGAAAUAUAUAAUGCAAAAGAUGUAAUACCAAGAGGAGAAUUAUUAAUAAAAGGAGAUUGUAUAUUUCAUGGAUAUUUCGUACAUAAAGAUAUUACAGAUAAUUCAUUUACAGAAGAUAAAUUUUUUAAAACAGGUGAUAUAGUCCAAAUAAAUAAAAAUGGAUCCUUAACAUUUUUAGACAGAUCAAAAGGAUUAUUAAAAUUAUCACAAGGAGAAUAUAUUCAAACUGAUAUGCUAAAUAGUCUUUAUUCAGAAAUACCAUUUAUUAAUCAUUGUGUUGUUUAUGCAGAUGAUACAUUAAGCGGACCUAUAGCUAUAGUAUCUAUUGAUAAAGAAUUAUUUAUAAAACAUUUAUUAGAAGAUAAUAUAAUAAGUGAUGUUGGUACAGUAGAAGAAGAAUUCUUAGAUGCUAUUGAUGAUGAACAAAUUAAUUCAGAUGUAUAUGUUAAUUAUGUUAAAAAAAAAAUGUUAGAAACUUAUAAGAAAACUAAUCUAAAUGGAUAUAAUAUUAUCAAUCAUAUAUAUUUAACUGUAAAGGUAUGGGAUAUUUCUAAUUAUAUUACACCCACAUUUAAAAUUAAAAGAUUUCAUGUCUUUAGAGAUUAUGCAUUUUUCAUUGACGACAUCAAAAAGUUGUAUUCUUCAAAGUAG